UUCAACAUGGCGGCUGAGUGCAUGGUUUUCAGAGGUACAAAAGUUUUUACUAGUUUAUUUACAAACAGAGGUUUGUCUUUCAGCUGCUACAGAAAUUUAAAAACAGUUACAUCUGUGAUCCAACAUUCAUCAAAACCACAUCUAAACAGUACUUUUUAUAAUAAAAAGUUAUAUUCCACUUCAGUAAAGGUUAAAAUUGAAACUGAUCCAGGACGGUUAUCAAAUAUAUUCAGUGCAGUAUGUGUAGAGAGACUGCCAUUCAUUGUACCUGAGAAAACAGAGCUUCAAAAACAAUACGAGGAACUGCAGGAUCAGCUUGAACUUGAGCGCAGUGCACUAUCUGAGGAUGAGGUCAAGGUUAAGAAAGUCAUGGAGAGAAAGAAAAAGUUGACAGAGAGGGAUGAAGAAGAGAAUAUGGAGAUUGCUCAGUUUGAAGAACAAAGAAAAGAAUUCCAAGAAGAACAUGAGGAGGAAUAUCGUCAUUUUCAGCCUGGAAGCCGAGAAACAGAUGCUGAUAAAAAUAAUGACCUCAAGAGCUCACAUCGCAAGCUUCAGAAUACUUUAAUACUUCUACUCAAGACUCCAGAUGCCCAAUGGGAAAUGCCUCAGAGCAAUGUACAAGAAAAAGAAACAUUACGACAGGCUGCUGAAAGAAGACUAAAAGAGGUUUGUGGAUCAGAGAUAAAUGUGAAAUACAUAACCAAUGCUCCAGCUGGUGUUGUAAAAAUACCACAUCAAGAAACCCGAACUACUAAUAAGGUAUUCUUCUACAAGGCAUGUUUUCUCGGAGGUACAAUCAAUUUAGGAACUGAAUAUCAAAACUAUGCAUGGGUUACGAGGGAAGAAAUGAAAGACUUUGUAAAACCGGAGUAUUAUAAAACAGUCAGUAGAUUUGUACGUUGAGUCACAUAUCAUGGUAAAAAAUAAAAAUCACCAAUCUGUUGUUUAACAAGUUA